AUGGCGUCAUCGAAUACUGAUGUCAAUGCCACUCCAGACCUCCCUCUCGCUCUCGACUCCAAAAGAUUGGAAAAACAGUGGGGCACCGUCGUCGAGGUCAAGCAGGUGGAGGCGAUUUCCCCCGUAGAUUUAGGUGGCGGAAAGGAUGGUGAGGAAUAUGACCCGACCCCAACUCUCCCUCUCUCUUCGCCCCUGCUCGCAAUAGAGUUGAUCCCAGGGGGUUUAAUGUGGCUCCUGUUCGUGUCCACGUGGCUUGACCCUGUUUGGCGUCGAAGUGUCGUCCAACACCGAGGUCAUGGUAGCUUGGCUUCACUCGCAAAGGUUUUGCUCGAGGGCACCAGAAAGGCGAAGAAUGCACGCUCUGGGAAGCGACCUCGCGCUCUUGACGAAUUCGAGUCACUCAACGGGGACGCAGCCGCCGAUUUCCCUGCCACCCCAAUCCUCGCCGUGGUGCAAUGGAGUGACCGACCAAAGACUACCCAGCGAAUACGACUACCGUAUGUAUCUCCAUAG